AUGUUGGUUCCCACAUGUUCCAUGAUGAUCUCAUCGGAUGAACCACGAUGUCGAGGAUUCGAUCAAUCCCGUGUACAGAACAGUAGGCGAAAAGUAUGGGGUGAAGUACUCGGAGGACGAGAUCUUGAUGAGGACCUCGAGGCCUCGGAGAGCCCCUCCGAACAAGACAUGCACGGGAGCUCUGCCUUGAUGGGGAAAGUAGCGGAGUUGGUGCAGUGGCGAAUGUGGGCGGGGUCGGCCGUGGAGGGAGACUUACUGGUCGGAGCAGUAGGAGCAAGAAGGUUGAGGCGGUUCAGAUCUCUUGACAUGGGUCUUUUUGUCCAUAUAAUGAGCCAUGAAGUUGGCAAGACAAGAACAUUUAGUUGGAUCCAGAGUAUUGAGAUUGCAGAGGACUCAACAAAGGGUCUGCACUUAUUCUAUAAAUUCAGUAUCACGUUAGUGCCUCUAUUUAGUGAUUAUAUAGAACUACCUUUUGAACUUGCAGAAAUUGAAUGCAUAUAA